AUGGAUACGGUUGUUAAAAGUAUGUUAGAAGAUGAUGCAGAGGAAGAAAAACAGGGUUUGGUAUUGUUUGGAAGAGAUUUAUCAAAGAUACCUUGUUUUCGUGAAAGCUUUUUCUAUGGAAUAGUAUCAGGAGUUGGUGUAGGAUUUGGAUCAUUUAUGAAGACGUCUAAACCCAUGUUAUCACAGCAUAUUGGAUUUGGCACCUUUACUAUGACCACACUUAUAUACUGGUCAUAUUGUAGAUGGCAGUGGUCUAAACAGAGGUUUGACGCGGAAUUACUACAAGAAGCUGUUAAAAAUAAAAUUAAAUAUGAAGGAACAAUUGUUGAAAAGGAAUUAGAAAGUAAAGGUAUUCUUAAAUCAGCAUAA